AUGGCAACACAAGGAGCCAACGGCACCAGCACCAAUAUCCUCAUCACGGGUGCCUCGGGCCAGUACGGUCGUCUAGCCAUCGACGGUCUGCUCGCACGCGGCAUCCCGCCCUCGUCGCUCCUCCUCCUGACGCGCAACCCGGCCAAGCUGUCCUCGUACGCCGAGCAGGGGCUCUCCAUCCGCCAGGGCAGCUUCGACGACCCGGUGGAAAGCCUGGCCGCGGCCUUCGCCGGCGCGGCAACGAUGCUGUUGAUCAGCACGUCGCGGGCGGGUGCGCGCCUACCGCAGCACCGCACCGCCAUCGAGGCGGCGGCGGCGGCGGGCGUCGGGCACAUCGUCUACACGUCCAUCGUGUCGGCGGAGCGGCCGGAGCCCACGGCGCUGGUGGGCCGCGAGCACCGCGCGACCGAGGCCAUGCUGCAGGAGAUAUCGGCGUCGGUGGCGGCGCCGGGCGCGCUGGCGUGGACGGCGCUGCGCGACGCCCAGUACGCCGACGCCAUGGCCGACGUCGCCGCGCCCGCGGCCGUCGACGCGGGCGUGCUCAAGUGCAAUUCCGGCGAGGGCAAGGUCGCCUUCGUCGCCCGCUCCGACUGCGUCGCCGCUGCCGUCGCGGUGCUGUGCGACCCGGCCCCGCACGCCAACAAGGCCUACGCCAUCACCGGCCCGGAGCUGUUGAGCUGGCGCGACGCCGCCAGAGUGAUGAGCGAGGUUGCUGGAAAGGGGCCGGAGGGAGUCAAGUUCGAGGACGUGACUGACGACGACAUGUUCGCCAUGUUCGACGCGCUGGGCAUCCCCCGCGAGCCCGUUGAUGACUUGGUGGUCAAAGGGUACCCGUGGAAUAGCUCCGACAUGGUCAGCUUCGGCAAGGCGACCAGGCUGGGCGAGAUGGAGGUCAUCAGCGGUGACGUCGAGAUGCUGACGGGGACGCGGCCGAAGAGCUUCAGGGAAGUGCUAGAGGAGAGUUGGGCCAGGAGGAGGGCGGCUGCCGCUGGUCGGUCUUGA